AUGAUAGGCCUCACUACCUUGGUCAAGAUCCUCAGUAUAUCCACCUCGAUGGUUGAGACCGAAGAUCCAGAUGUAACCAAACAGCGCCAUCAAGUCAGUCGAAGUCAAACGCAUCUGCAACAUUUGUCGGAUCAAAGUAUCAAAGCAAACUCGACACUGCAAACUAUGCAACAAAUGUGUCGGGCGGAUGGAUCAUCAUUGCAAAUGGCUGAAUUGCUGCAUUGGACAGAGCAAUUACAGGUUGUUUCUGGUGCUGGUGAUCACGGCAUUCACAGCGCUAUUUUGAACUCGUUCAUGGUGAAUGCUUUGGGAUUCUUUGACGUGGAUCUAAAGCAGUAUGAGGAAAUCAACUUGGAUCACAUCUAUUACAUGAGUGCGGCAAUAACGGUAUUUAUUACUCUCAUUGCUCUGAUAUCAUUUGUAUCCAUCACAAGAUUGCUGAUAUUUCACAUCAAACUCGCUAAAAUGGGCAUUACGACGAUUGAAUACCUUAAUUUACCAGCCUACAGAAACAGCCAUCUUGACUCUGAAUCUGACUCGGAUGACGAUGAAUACGACGAUGCCGACUACGACUCGGAUUACUACUACUCAGAGGCGCAUGCAUGGAAGGAAUCAGCGCCCAAGCCGCACCACCAAUGGGCUAUCUAUCGUCUUUAUCGCAUGGUUGCACACAAGGUACGACGUGCCUGGGUUGUGACAUUAAGGGCCGUCAUUCCCAAUUACCGCUAUCGUCGUUUAAACAAGUCAAAGCAUCGUCGUACCUGCGUUAACUGUUGUUUGAUCUCUUGCUCGGCAUCGAAAAAGCCUCAUCUGCUGCCAACAACUAGUCAUUUGUCAUUGAAAAAGCAAUCAAGGUUCAAGAAAAAAACGCAUGAUAACGUCAACAUGGACGAGUUUUUUGCCACAAAGACGAUCAGACCCAUUAUCACGUUGAGCGAAGAGGAGGGUGAGCCUGAUUACAGUGAUGAUAUGGGCCUUGAUUUAGCCAUUUUGGACGAGGAGCACGCAGUGAAGCCCAAGGCUCGUACAAGCAGCAAUAAGCUUUCACGACUACUGGACAUGUCGGAGGAGGAUACGUUGAUGCGUAUACAACAAGAGCAACAGCAGCUACAAACAAACCGAGUAUUGGAUAUACCCAAAGAGGAGGAGGAGGAGGAACACGCACUCAGCGAACUGUAA